GGUAAAAAUAGGUUGAUGAUGCCGCAGUUUGUCGAUAUUUCUGAUUCACAUUUAAAGUCCUUUGUUUUGGAAAAAUGUAGUCUCACGAAGUGCAAAAGACAUGAAAGGCUGGGAAAUGAAUGCAGGUCUCUUGGAAUCCAUGUGUGGAUCCCAGGAUUGAUGAAUGGCACGAGUUACACAAUGAAUAUGGCAGUGGGUUUUGAAAGGACAAAGUUUGUUGGCUGCUGUUCAAUUGGUGAUACAUAUGUAAUAAAAAAAAAAUUGUGUACUAAGAGUAGAAAAUAUCAACCGUGGCUGAAUUAAACUUUUACUCCUCUGUAUUUUCGCAUCCACAUAGUCUUCCCUUGGACAAUGCCCGGUGUGAGUUUGUAUUUACGAAGGCAAUGUGAGGCACUCUUCCUCAGUGUCUCUCUUCUCAGCCCCUAUUCAGGAGUUGUCUCUGCCAUGGGCAUAAACCUUCAACAGUAAAAAGGGCUCUUCUGUAAAUUGCACAUCCGCUCACUAAGCACACCGCACUUGGGAAUGAAUUUGAGACGUUAAGUUAGGCUGCCUCUUGAGCGUAGCAUACAUGCCAACUCUACUAAUUUAAGCGGUCAGCUGCCAAUUUUCUAAUCCCGUACUGCAUACCGAUUUUAAAAGCUAACCAUAGAGUUUCAUAACAUUUUGUGGGAUUUUUUUUCCUCCCCCUAAUGCCUUUAUUUUUGCCUAUAAAAACAGCAGGCUACCCGCUCAAGCCUGCAGAAUCGACAAGUAUGGUGUGGGUCCAGUAAUUAUGGAACGAAAGGGAGAGACCGAUUGCAGUAAAAGUAUGGUGUGGCUGCGUUAAGCUGGAGAUAAUCUGACCUGCCACCCAAGGCUUCGGCCUUUCUCUAUGGAGUGAUGCCUUGACCGAGGGUAACCCCUUCAUCACAGCCCCCCCCGAUUGGAUAAAGGCAACCACAAACACCAGGCUCCCCCAAUGGGGUGUAGCGUCUGGGUGGGGAGAGAGCAGUGGAGAGAUCCACGAUUGGAGGCUGCCCAAUGCACCAUCAUCAACUCAACUCGCACACUUUCCUCAAGCUUUUUGUUUUUGAAACCGAAAAGGGCAGGGGAACUGCUUGCAUGGUUUUGCCCAAAUCAAUUGAGACCAGUGAGAGUGUGUUACUGAGGGCAGGCACAAAUGAAUGUAGUGCGAUUUUUAGCCUGAGCUUGGUGCAGGAGGAAAUGUCCAACCAGGUCCUUUGAUUAAAAAAAAAGUUUCAUCUUUUUUUUUUAACGAGAAGAAAAGAGUUGUGCGAAACAAGAAAUGUGGCCUUGCUACGUGAAAGAGUCGUGAGCGCACACAACCCGCGUGCAAAAAGCGCUCAGCCAGCCGGUUGUGAGAUCAAUUGCAUAUUGUGCUUCCCCACCCAAAAUCGAAAGCUACAUGGUAUACUCCGUCGUGGCAAGGAGAGGGGGGGGGGGGUCCCAUUAGCCUUUUCAUGGGACCUCUGUGAUUAAACUCUGGAGGGUGCAUGAGAAGAAGGUUGUGAGAAGGCGGCAACGCAUCUGCGACCGUGGGUCCAAUGGAAAUAGAAGGGUCUUGACUAGAGUUGUUUACCUUCUCAAGUGACGUGGGUACCACUCUGAGUGUUUCUUCGCAUGGAAUAUUGCAGCGUUAUAUGACACAGGUGUUAGGCAACUAGAUGGAAAUUAUUUUUAGGAAAUGGUUUAUUAAUUUAGUUUAGAAAUUUUGUAUCGACGGCUACAAUCAUCUGUAAACCACCUGAGUGAAUGUUUGGAGUUUUGGGGUGUGUCUAGGAGUAAAAAAAAGUAAUUCUUUAAAGUUUUCCAAACCAUUGAUUUCCAUUGUCUGUGCGUGAAUGGUCGAGCUCUUAGUUCAGACUAGCCCUAAACAAAGCAGAAAGAGAGGAACAUUUAAAGCUGCCCUGCCAACCUGCAUUACUUGUACUUCUUGCUGCGAGAUUAACUUUACAUCAACAUCGAGUUGCAAACCCGAACAGAUUAGUAAUAUACUGAAACCCCCCCCCCCCCAAUAAUAACAAGGAACUAGUAUAUUCAUUUGAUUUUAAAACGAGAACAAUUGUGUACAUACAAUUGUGCCUUUGUGUAAAAUCGGCCGUGCUUGGCAACUUUGAGACAUGCGUGGGAAGUUGCUGCGUCCGCCACCGCUCGUGUGCCUGGCUCUCGCGCUGAGCCUCUGCCGCACGGGUCAAGCCCAGUACCUGAAGUGGUUCUGGGAGCGGUGGAGUGGGCAGCAAGAAACCACGACAGCGCCGUCUCCUUCGCCGUCACCUACACUGCACGGCGAUGUCUCAGCAUCUGCCGUCACGCAACCUCUUGAUUUUAGCACGGCCCGCCCGGCGACCGUCGCUGAGGAGGAAAGUAGCGGAUUCAAAUCUGGUGAUUUGGCCAAAGAUGGAAAUUCUGCAGACGAGAGGUUUGUCCUCUCGCAGCGUGAGGAGUCGUCAGGUCAGCGUGAGGGCUACACGCGUGGGAACGAGGAUGUGUCAGCGAGAUACGGUGACCUACUAAGUCAGCUUGAUGGCAUGAGUUAUGUUGGUUCUACGGUUGGGCCACUCGAAGAUGCCUUACCAACAUAUCUGGAACCUUGCCCUCUACUGCACUGGUAUGGUCCGAAUGGUGAGGAGCAUGAGGUGGACCUGACUCAGAUAGUCGGCGUGCCUCUGCCCGCUCCGGUCUCCUUUGUAAGCGGCUUCGAAGGCUUCCCUGCCUAUCAGUUUGCCGAGGAGGCCAGCGUGGGCCGGCCGGCGCAGAACUUCCUGCCGGAGCCGUUCCCGCAGGACUUCUCGAUCCUGGUGACGGUGCGGCCCUCGUCGGACGAAGGGGGCGUCCUCUUCGCGGUCACGGACUCGUCGCAGCAGGUGGUGCAGCUCGGGCUCAAGCUGUCGCCCGUGGAGGAUGGGGAGCAGACGCUGCUGAUCUUCUACACGGAGUCGAGCACUGCCGACACGCGCAUUGCCGCUGCCUUCCCACUUCCCGUGGCGACAAACCGCUGGGUGCGAAUGGCGGUGUCUGUGGACGGCGACACGGUCUCGUUCUACUUCGACUGCAAACUCGUGGAGCGGUCGGCCAUCGAGCGUUCCAGCAAUCCCCUGGACAUCGAGGAGGAGGCCAACGUGUUCAUCGCACACGGUGGCGAUGCUGACUCCGACAAGUUUGUGGGGGCCAUCCAACAGAUGCUCAUCCGGCCUGACCCCAGUGCUGCUGCAGAGCAGUGUGCCGAGGAUGACGACCGUGAGGUACAUUCCUCAAGAGACGCUAAGCGGGCAUCUGGUGAGGAGGGCAGUGGAUACGACGACGGGGAUGGAGAGAGCGAGGAAGAGAGCGAGGAAGACGUAGAGAGUGAGCACGAUCAUAGCGAGACCGGAGGAUCGGGGAACGUGGAGACGGUGACGCGCCACCCCAACCAGCAGCCAUUAAGACCUCCCCCCACCAUGGCGCCCGAGAGGAGAAGGCCCAGACCAGGCCACGACGCCCGGCUUCGGCCAGAGUCAGACUCUCGCUCCAAGGUGGAGGCCCAUCCUCCUCUCAAGGAGGACACACAGCCAGCACGGGAGGAGGCAGCCAUUGUGGCAAGCCAACCUGGAGAGGCGCUUUUGAGGAGGGAAAAGGGGGAGCAUGGGGAAAGUGGCAGCCCUGGACUUAAAGGCCAGAAAGGCGAAGCUGGUUCGGAUGCCUCUGAAGGUCGAGGGACUCCUGGCUUGCGAGGCCCUCUUGGCCCAACAGGUGCUGGCGGUGCCAAGGGUGAGCAGGGGGACACUGGUCUGAAGGGCGACGUGGGAGAGAAGGGCGAGAUUGGCACUCAGGGUCCACCCGGGCCCAAAGGAGACACCGGCAUCAUGACGGGUGAUGUCAUUCCUGGAAUCAAGGGAGAAAAGGGUGACAUUGGAGAUCCUGGCGUGAAGGGUGGAGCGGGCUUUGGCUAUCCUGGGCCAAAGGGGGGCAAGGGUGACGUUGGACCCCAGGGCCCCAUAGGUCAGCCUGGCCUCCCAGGUCCCGUGACGUCAGUGGUGCCGCGAGGGGACGGCUCAGUUGCCCAGCUGGUGGAGGGCCUCGCUGGGCCCCCGGGCCCUCCUGGCCCAGCUGGCCCAACUGGGGAUGCUGGCGAACCCGGUGACCCAGGAGAAGAUGGUCUUCCUGGAGAGAAGGGUCCCCCUGGCUUUCCAGGAAUUGCAGGAGAUCCUGGUCUUAAAGGAGAAAAAGGUGAAACUGGAGUUGGAAAAGCAGGCCUCCCUGGGCCACCUGGCCCUCCUGGGCCACCUGGCCCCACAGGACGACGCAGCAGACUGAACCUUGGUGAUGCCGACGGGUCAGGUGACUCCGAUGACGAUGACACAGACACAAUCCGAGGUCCCCGGGGUCCUCCCGGCGUUCCCGGGCCUCCGGGCUCUCCUGGUGUUCCUGGGCCCCCUGGACAGCCGGGCAAUCUGAGUUCCCUCACUGCAUUGGCCGGCGUACCAGGAUCCAAGGGGGCGCCGGGACCUGUGGGCCCUGCUGGGAAGAAUGGACUUCCGGGUCAACAAGGGGUCAAAGGAGACAAGGGAAAUAGCGGAGAGGCAGGAAAGGCUGGGCCAGUUGGGCCAAAGGGUGAUGCUGGAUCUCCAGGGUUGAUGGGCCCUCAGGGGGCCCCUGGUCCACUGGGGUUGCCUGGCCCAAUUGGACCUCCGGGUCCACCAGGGCCUCCCGCACAUACCAGAGUGAGCUUAUUUGAGGAGGAGGAAGGCUCUGGCGUUGGAUCCAAAUCCCGUGCAGGGGCUGCUGGAGAACCAGGGCUACCUGGUCCAGUGGGACCAUCAGGACUUCCAGGCCUCAGAGGUGAAAAGGGAGAAAAAGGGGACCAAGGCCCUCGAGGAGUCCCGGGGUUGGCGGGACCAAUAGGGCCUGCUGGAGAGGAAGGCAACCCUGGGCUACCUGGUCCCCAGGGCCCUAUAGGUGAAAAGGGCAACAAAGGGGAACAGGGUGGAACAGGUCGUGAUGGUGAGAGCGUCAUUGGACCACCAGGCCUUCCUGGCCUCCCUGGGCCUCCAGGCCCAGCCCUACUCGAGGGGCUGAAUGACUUUGAGGGACUUCUGGGAAAUCUGAGAGGCCCAUCAGGCCUGCCGGGACCAGAGGGCCUGCCUGGACAAGCUGGCUUUCCUGGCCCUAGGGGACCCAAGGGAGAGUCUGGGAUGGACGGCUCAGCAGGUUCCAUCGGCAUGAAGGGUGAGAAAGGAGAUCCUGGUGGUUUUAUCGGCCCAGAUGGGUCUCUGCUUCUUGAAAUGGCCGGCCUUCCUGGACACAGAGGGGAGAAGGGUGACCCUGGCCCUGUGGGCCCAGAAGGCUUGCUGGGUCCUGCUGGCCCCAAUGGCACGAAGGGAGAGAUAGGCUUACCUGGCCGGCCGGGCCGGCCCGGGAUGAAUGGCUACAAGGGUGAAAAGGGUGAACCAGCAGACUUUGGGUUUGGGUCUGGCCCAGGCCCCGCCGGCCCCCCGGGUCCUCCCGGCCCUCCUGGCUCCCCUGGCAUCACUGUGGUAGAACGUGGGCUGUCUGCAUCACCACCACAGCACGGUCCCAGGGGGGAUAGAGGCUUUCCAGGUUUGCCAGGAACCCCAGGGACCAAGGGAGAGAAGGGAACAGCUGGUUUACCUGGUCCACCAGGCCCACCAUCGAAUUCCAACUUCGUAGAUGUAUUUGGGAAUUAUGCUUCAAGGGGCACCAAGGGUGACAUUGGGCCCAAGGGAGAGAAAGGAGAGCCUGGUGGAGGUGGCUUCGGAUUGUCACCACCAGGACCCGUGGGACCGCCUGGCCUGCCUGGGAGAUCCGGCCCUCCGGGACCCAAAGGAGAUGCCAUUUCUGGCCCAAGGGGGCACCCUGGACCCCCGGGCCCCCCCGGGCCCCCUGGGUUUGGCUUUGAGGGCCGACCGGGCCCGGCUGGGCCCCCUGGGCAGAAAGGACCGCCGGGGCCUCCUGGAACAACUUUUGUUGAACAUCACAGAUCAGUUGUUGCAGGGCCUCCUGGACCUCCCGGUCCCCCAGGCCUAGCCAGCUCUGCGAAAGGGGCAACCGUUGUGCAAAACUUUGAGGCGAUGGUGCGAUGGUCACGGGCCGCCCCCGAGGGCUCGUUUGUGUACAUCGUGGAGCGUGGCGAGGCGUACGUGCGUGUGCGCGACGGAUGCAGGCAGCUCUACCUUGGAGAAGUGCUGCCCAUUCCCAGAGAAGACGAAGUUGCUGCCUCGUCCCAUGUGCUCAACAUUAUAAACCCGCUGCCCAGCUUCCCUGUGGUGGACCGCAUCCCAACAAGUGGGCACGCCAGCUACCACCACCACCACAACAACGGCAACAAUAACCUGGGCAGCAACCAUCUGUCGCCAUCUCACGUGGGGCAUAAUACGGGAGGGAUCGCGUACCCCAGUGGGGACCUGGGCCCACCGUCGCCCGCCGUCGGGUACCCGCAGGCGGGCAACGUCGGCCUGACAUCGGCCGGGAUCGCCUACCAUGAGAUCAACGCUGGUCACUCGUCUGCUGGCACCAGCCACCACGGGCUGCACCUGAUAGCGCUGAACGCCCCGCAGAUGGGGGACAUGCGUGGCAUCCGUGGUGCAGACUUCCAGUGCUUCCAGCAGGCGCGUGCCAUCGGCCUGCACGGCACAUACCGCGCCUUCCUCUCCUCCAAGGUGCAGGACCUGGCGUCCAUCGUGCGCCGGGCUGACCGUGCCUCCAUGCCCAUAAUAAACCUCAAGGGAGAGGUGCUCUUCAGGAAUUGGGAGGAGAUUUUCUCAGGGUCCGGUGGACAAAUGAACUCCAAUGCUGCCAUCUAUUCCUUCGACGGCCGCAACAUCCUGACGGACCAGGCCUGGCCCCAGAAGUUGGUGUGGCACGGCUCGGAUGAGCGAGGGCGCCGCCUAGUCACGCAGUACUGCGAGAUGUGGCGCGUGGGCGAGACGGCCGUCACGGGCCAGGCCUCGCCGCUCUCCUCGCACCGCCUGCUGCAGCAGCAGCCACAUGGCUGUGCCUCCAGCUUCGCCGUGCUCUGCAUGGAGAACAGCGUCGCUCACGAGCACGUCCGCCGGCGCUGAGCGCUCAUCCUCCUCGCCAUCAUGCCCUCCCUCCCCUCCUGCUCAUCCUCUUCAUCAAACUCUUCCUCCUCUUUAUCAAACCCCAUCAAACUCUCCGUCCUCUCCGUCCUCCUCAUCCUCUUCAUCCAACCACUUCUCCUCCUGCAACUAUCCCUCCUCUUCUCUCACUUCUUGCCACCUCUUACUCCAACUCUUCACACAUCACCAUCCUCCUCUUCAUCAAACCCAUACUCCUAUUCAUCUUCCUAUUCUCCAUCAAAGCCUCCUCCUCUUCCUUGCCUCACUCGCACACGAGCCCAUGUGGCAGAACAACUAUUGUAUGUGUUUGUGUAUGCGUACAUUUGUUAUUUCAAAUAUACGUGCGUACAACUAUAUAUCUGUCACUGACGGUACGAGAUAUGUUGUUUGAAAAAGUUAAGUACCCAUUGCACAUUUAAUGAAACGAUCGCUCACUGUCAUCUGUGUCUGCUGUUUGAUUUUGAUAUAUCUCGCAGUGUGGACUGCAAGGUGGGUUAUUUGGCUUGUGUGGCCCCUCUUGGGCCAUGAUGCAUUGGAGACCAUGUGGAUCCCCAGCCAGUUGCCGAAGGGGAUAUAUGAUGCCUAAUAUGGGAAACGAGGUGAAUAUUGCCAUUUUGAGGAUGAUGAGAGGUGGCGUGAAGGGUAGAGUGAGAUGCUUACUUACCCAUGACUCUGCUCCAGGUGCCACUGCCAUUACUGCUGACCUCUGGUCCGUUGGCCCUCGGUAUCAUUACACUGUAAUUUAUAAUGGAUCAGCCUUGGUCAUGCCUUCUACAUGACAAAUUGUCUUUCUCAUUGUCUGUGAAUUCACGUCUCAUGAAAAUGUGUUCAAAAUUUGUUUAUGAUAAACUACGAGCAGAUACAAUUAAAAAUAGCUAAGUAACAAAAUAUCCGACCGUUUUAGAAACUUUCAGAGUGCUUAACAUUUUUUUUAUAAGAUGCUGAAGAGCACAACAAACCGAGGCAUCCUCUUAAGAUCAUAUUUUUUUACAGUAAAUGUAUGCCUUCAUACCACUCAAAAUUGGAUUUAAUGUAACCCAAGCAUUUGUUUCUAUGCACCCUAUGAAAUGAUGAGUGUUUUUAAGUUUGAAUCUUUCGUGUAAAACUCACAAAAGAACAAAGAUGUAAAUAGUUAUGCUUUUUUUACGCAUUUUUUUAAAUUUGACAUCCUAAGAAAGAUAAAUCAUUGUAAAUGACUUUUCAAAAAAAUCACCCUGAAUUAAUAGAUUCAAAAUCACAAUGAAAAAAAUUCAAGCAAUAUUUAUAUUGGCAAAAAAAGUGCUAAAAUAACGUAGCGUUUUUUAUGCUGUUGAGCUGGUUUGAAAUCGGUUUAAAAAUGUUUUUUUAUUUUAUAUCAGUCCACUUGCUUUUACCAGUUAUACUGCAUUUUAUUUACCGUUGUAGCCGUCGGAUUUAACUGUAUUUUUAACUCUGAGAUUUGUUUGCAAAUAUUUCCAAAAGUAUUUCACCAAUAACGACCCUUUAGUGUUGUAUUAAUACCUGUCCGGCAUACAGUCUCCUUGUCAUACUGAAUGUGUGCACUUCUCUGUGGGUCUUGUAUCGUGUAUAUUAAAUGUGUGCAUUGAUUUUUUUAAAACAUAAUUUCCCACUCCCUUUUUGCAAUGUUUAUUCUUCAAAAUGUAUCCAAUAUUUAUAAUCUGGGCUCUGUAGAAUGGGUUUUACGAUGGGUAUUUCCAUUGUGCAAAAAUUUACCAAAAAGUUUUUUUCCUUCCACAAGUAUUUCUUAUAUGGUGCUGUAUUAACUACUAGCAAGGCUUGAAUAAUUGUCAAGUUGAGGAAUUCAUUGCGUUUGGUCAUAUUCCUCUUUAAAUGUCCGUGAACAUGAUUAAGUUUGAAACCAUGUUAUUUUACAUUCUCAUGGCAUGUAUAAGUUUAAAAGAUACUAAAAAUAGUAUAUUUUUGCAACGCAUUGCAGUUUUUAACGUGCCAAUCGACUUACUAGUUGUGUGAAGAAAUUGAGAACGCGACGUGUAAUUGUGCAGUGCUGGAUUGCAUUGGGAGCAUUUUCGAGAGUAAUUCAAGCACACGUUAAGAGCCAAGUUAAUAUUGACCACCUAACAGAACUCGCAUUGCACUUCUCACCUGUUACUUAAUGCCACGACACAUUAUGCAUAUUGGUUCCAUGGUAACAGUGAAAGCAGAAAGUAACAGUCGGCAGCCAGAGUGUAGCCUGUGUUGCAUGUGCACACUGACACUUAAUAAAGUGUUGGCGCUCUGACCUGC